GUGUAUGAAGAGCAGUUGCUUGGUCAAGGAGUCAUGCAGUCACCCCAUUGUGUAAUCUCAUCACAGGAAGUGUUUGGAUCACUAAACUGAGAUCAAUAUCAAGGCUAAGAUGUGGAGCAUAGCUACAUUGGUGUUAAUGCUGACAGGGUCUGCCUCUUGCUACAUCACGUGCCCUGGUGGGAAGGUCUGCUCUGAUCAAUCAACCUGUUGUUUGACUAAAGGAGGAUAUGCCUGCUGUCCAGUUCCCAAUGCGGUGUGUUGCUCUGACAUGGCCCACUGUUGCCCGUCAGGCUUCAACUGCAAUGCCAUCACCCAGAAGUGUGAGAAAGGCGACCAUCCAUGGAGCAGUGUGCCCAUGCUGAACAAAGUGGCUGCAGAGGAACCAAGCUCUCCUGUCUCUGCUCCGCUCGAAUCUGACAGCAGCCCUGUCCAGAGCAAUGCAGUGGAGAGCUCCAUGGUCGGCAAGGUGCAAUGUGACAACUAUUAUGCUUGUCCCGAUGGCACCACCUGCUGCCACCACCCCACAGGCCUGUGGUUCUGCUGUCCGUACUCUCCUGGUAGGUGCUGUCUAGAUGGGUACCACUGCUGUCCCUAUGGCUAUGACUGUGACCCCACAUACACUAAGUGUGUGAGGUAUGGCAACCUGAGGUACCCUUUUGCUCCGAGGCAGGCCCCUUCAAUGAUCGAAGCCAUCAAGGUCUCCAAACCGGAAAACAAGGUCCACGAUCAGCAGGUCUCAUGGACAGCUCUAGUUCAGGCCGCUGACAGCACGCCACAGGCUGGAGUCAUUCACUGUGACACUAAAUUCUAUUGUCCUUCUGCAUCCAGCUGCUGCAAGGGACCUAAUGGCAAAUGGGGAUGUUGCCCAUUCCCACAGGCGAAGUGUUGUGCGGAUGGCCUGCAUUGCUGUGAAUAUGGAUACACCUGUGACCCAAACUCAUACAAGUGCAGGAAAUGGUACUCUCAGAUUCCUUCAGGUCUGAAGGAUGAUGCUAAUCAAGAUUGACACAAUUUCAAAUGAUUUAUGAUCUUGGCCCUAUCCUGACAUUGGAUUGUACCCUUUUUGUGAAUGCAUUUUAAUUUAACCUUGCACUGAUGAAUACAAGAAUGUUGAAUCAUGUCACCCAAUCAUUAAAAUGUUUCCUUGUUGAGUA